AUACAGACUGCCAGCCACCAGCUCCAAGCAGCUUGUUUUUUAAGUAUGGUGAGAUCUAGACCUUUUACUUUGACAUCAGUCAUCUCAAAAACGGGAACCUCGUGUUUGCCACUACUCCAGUUGGUGCUCUCGGACCCACCAUGUGAAGAAAAGGAAAUGUGCAUAAACUAUAAAGAUCAGUACACCAAUGGCUGGUAUAUCUGGUUCUUGUUGCUGAUUUUCCUCCUGGCUAUUCUCUGUGGAGUAGUGUUCUUCUGUGUCCAGUGCUGGCUGAGGAGACCCCGAAUUGAUUCCCCAAGGCGCACUAUGGCUGUUUUUGCUGUUGGAGACUUGGACCCGGUUUAUGGCACAGAAGUGGCUGUGAAUCCCCCUGUUGGAAUUCACUUUCAAACUCAAAACCCUGAACUGUACCCGGCUCCAUGUUUUGGCACAUUAGGGCCCCCACCUCCAUAUGAAGAAACUCUGAAAUCAAGCCGAUUUUAGCUCUGGAUCAUCAACUGGAAACAUCAGAAAUAGUUUUCAUUCUAAAACAUCAAAUUUAGGAAAAAUUCUUUUAUUUAGUGGGAAUUCCCAGAAAUCAAUUAAUAUAGCCUGAAAAAAGACAAAUAGACAGAAGGAUGAAUACAGAGAAAGAAUUUUGGUCGAGAAGAUAUUUCGGUGUCAAUUGGUAGA